CUGAGUAAUAUAUAUUGCCAAUUUUAUAUGGAAUAGAAUUAUUUCUGUUCACUCGAAAAACUUUUGCUGUUGUGUUCAGACACCAACAGCCGUGAAAUGGAACCAAGCAAAGCCUUAGACAUUGAAAAUGAAGGCCAAAUAAAUAAAGGAUUCGAACCUGACAAUGCGAAUUCACGAAGUCUGGACCCUGUUAAGGGAUUUGAAAACUCACCAGAUACGCUAAUCGAAAGCAAAGAUAAAGCUAAAGAUAAAGAUAAAGAUAAAGCUGCCAACGAGAGACCGUACUGGGAUAAUCAACUUGAAUUUUUGAUGUCAUGUAUUGCCACUUCGGUUGGUUUAGGAAACGUUUGGAGAUUUCCGUUUGUGGCAUAUCAAAAUGGUGGCGGCGCUUUCCUCAUACCUUAUAUUAUAGUGUUAGUAAUUAUAGGUAAACCUAUGUAUUUCUUGGAGACUGUUCUUGGACAAUUCAGUAAUUCAAAUGGUGUUAAAAUAUGGGCCAUGUCCCCUGCCAUGAAAGGUACUGGAUACGCACAGGCUCUCGGUGCUACAUACGUACUCUCUUAUUACGUCUCGAUAAUAGCUCUCUGCCUUUACUAUUUAGCUGUUAGUUUUAAUUCCACCCUCCCGUGGGCUGUAUGUCAGCCAGAAUGGAUAAACUGCGUUCCUUCGGGCCAUGCCGCAAACGAAUCUGAAAUUGGUGGAAAAGCUGUAAGCAGUGCUGAAUAUUACUUUACGCAGACGGUCCUACGCCAGUCUGAUGGCAUUCACGAUGGAAUUGGCACACCUCUGUGGGAUCUAACAUUGUGCCUCGUUGCAUCGUGGAUUAUUAUUUUCGUAAUCGUUUCUCGUGGUGUGAAAAGCUCUGGAAAAGCUGCUUAUUUCUUAGCGUUAUUCCCAUAUGUCGUAUUGUUAAUUUUGUUGAUUAGAGCAGUUACAUUACCCGGAGCGAGUAAAGGUAUCCUUUUCUUCAUUACACCCGAUUGGACCAAGAUAUUAGAAAUUAGGGUGUGGUAUGCGGCAAUCACUCAAGUAUUCUUCUCCCUCUCUGUCUGCUCUGGAACUCUUAUCAUGUUUGCUUCAUACAACAAGUUUUCACAAAAUGUUUACAGAGACUCGUUGAUCGUGACCAUCUUGGAUACGUUUACGAGUUUGAUUUCUGGCGUAACUAUAUUCGGAGUGUUGGGUAAUUUGGCCUACCAGUUGAAUUACGAUGAUGUGGGCCAAGUCAUUGGAACCGGCGGCACCAGUCUGGCCUUCAUUUCGUACCCAGACGCGAUCGCCCAAUCACCUUUCCUACCGCAACUUUUCGCGGUUCUCUUCUUUUUGAUGAUGGCCGUAUUAGGCGUCGGUUCUGGUGUGGCUUUAUUAUCCACAUUAAAUACUAUACUACUGGACAAGUUCCCCCGUGUGCCAACAAUCUACAUGUCUACCGUGACCUGCACAGUCGGCUUGCUUGUUGGUCUGAUUUACGUUACGCCGGGCGGUCAGUACAUAUUGGAACUCGUGGACUAUUACGGAGGUACAUUCAUGAGAUUGUUUGCUGCUAUUACUGAAACUAUCGGUGUCUUCUGGAUAUAUGGCCUGGAGAAUUUAUGCCUCGAUGUCGAGUUUAUGUUGGGUAUAAAAACCUCGUUUUAUUGGAGAAUCUGCUGGGGAAUCAUAACUCCGAUCAUGAUGGUAGUCGUUUUUGUUUACGCACUCGUCACCACGGAUGAUCUACUGUUUGGCGGUGUUUACCAAUACCCACAAGCAGCAUACAUUGCCGGUUAUGUUCUGCAAUAUACAGGAAUUGCGUUGAUUCCUAUUUUCAUGGGAUUAACAUUCUGGAAAUAUAGAUCAGAUAGCUGGCUUGAGACCGUAAAGAGAUCAUUCCGCAAAAAGCCUACUUAUGGACCUAAAGACUCUCAGAAGCGCGAAGAGUGGCGCGCGUUCCGCACAGACGCGAAAUACGAGCGCGAGAUCAAGCGCAAAAACUGGUUCCACCACAUUGUAUUGAGUCUGUUUGGUGGCUACCGCUGGAAACGUUGACAACUGAUAGCUUUAAGUCUAUACUCGUAAUUAUGUAUGCAAAGUAAUAUUACAGUGAAGACUCGAUUAACCGGACUAAUGCUACUAAUCUAAACAGGGAUAAAAUUGAAUGUUUAAAGAAAAGAGUUUUUUGUACAUAUGAAUCAUUAUUAACACUAUUCUUUUCGUGGCUCGGUCCGCGUUAAUGCUUAUUUAUAAAAAGUAUCAUAUAACUCUCAUGGGUAUUUGUAUCUCUUGGUAACAGAGGACAGGAUCAUCGAGUCUCCACUAUAUAUAAAUUAAAUAUAUUUAUUAUUACCCGUA